GCGGAGGAUAGGGACCCGGGCGCCCGGGAAGGGGUCUGCCGAUCUCGUGGCAGCCUUCGAGGCCUUGACUGCCUCCUCUCUGCUGGGUUUUAUUAUCGUUGUCCCCGUUCGUGAAAGGUCAUGGAAGACGGCCCGCUGCCAGACCUCAGAGACAUCGAACUGAAGCUGGGGCGCAAAGUACCCGAGAGCUUAGUGCGCUCUCUCCGUGGGGAGGAGCCGGUUCCUCGGCAAAGGGACAGGGACCCCUGCGGGGGGAGCUGCGGCGGCGGCUGCAGUAGCAGUAGUAGCUGCUGCAGCUUCCCUCCCUCCUUGUCUUCCUCCUCGUCGUCUUCCCCAACCUCAGGCUCCCCACGACGUAGCCACUCCAGCACCCUGGAGAGGCUGGAAACCAAGCUUCACCUCCUCAGGCAAGAGAUGGUUAACCUCAGAGCCACAGACGUCAAGCUCAUGCGCCAGUUGCUUGUCAUCAAUGAGAGCAUUGAGUCCAUCAAGUGGAUGAUUGAGGAGAAAGCCACCAUAACCAGCCGAGGCAGCAGCCUCAGUGGCAGCCUGUGCAGUUUAUUGGAGAGUCAGAGCACCUCCUUACAUGGCAGCUACAAUAGCCUACAAGAUGGCAGUGAUGGGCUGGAUGGCAUCUCUGUAGGAAGCUAUCUGGACACUUUGGCAGAUGAUGUUCCAGGCCAUCAGACCCCAUCAGACUUGGACCAAUUCAGUGAUAGCUCCAUAAUAGAGGACUCACAGGCACUGCCAAAGCAUCCUAAAUUGGAUUCUGAGUACUACUGCUUUAGCUAAUGAGCCAGUUUUUUGCAUGGGACUGGUGUGCAAUUAACUUGUAUGCAUACUUCUCUGCUGCUAUAUUUUUGGUGUGAUUUUUUUAAAUAAGGCAACCUUUUAAAAGAAGCUUAUUUUUAAACUGCUUAAUGAUAUUUCUGUUGCUCCUAAUAUUUCUUCAUCUAGACUGAUUUAUUUUUCUCUGUUACAUCUCUUUUUAUUUAUUAUAAUGAAAUUUUCUCCCUUCUUUCGCAGUAGCAUAGACAAAGUGGGGGGAAAAGAAUAAGCAAUAAUUAUGUUUUUGCUUUUGUUUUCAGAGCAAGGGGUAAGGGAUUAGAAGAAAAAUUUUAUUAAAUUUUACAAUAAACCAAAGUCUGAUAACU